GCACGCUUCCUUAUUAGUUUUACCUUGCCGACUGGGAGCGAGCGAAUAGAAAAGAAGAAGAAAAAGAGGAAGCGAAGGUUGGUUUGGAAGAGAGAGAAUUUAGAGAGAGAAAGAGAAAGGGAUGAAGAUCACAUCGCUGUUGGUUCUAAAAUGCACGGGUGAGGGUUCCGAUCCCUCACCCGUUAUUCUCGCCAUCGCUUCCGACGUUAGCCACUUCGGUUACUUCCAGCGCUCAAGCGUUAAGGAGUUCAUCGUCUUCGUCGGUCGCACCGUCGCCAAACGCACCCCUCAGGGCCAGCGUCAAUCCGUUCAGCACGAAGAGUACAAGGUGCAUGCUUACAACAGAAAUGGCCUUUGCGCGGUGGGGUUUAUGGAUGAUCACUACCCGAUUCGAAGUGCCUUUUCUCUUCUUAAUCAGGUGCUAGAUGAAUAUCAAAAAAGUUUUGGUGAGUCAUGGCGAAGUGUUCAGGAAGAUGGUACUCAACCAUGGCCCUAUUUGAAUGAAGCGCUGACAAAAUUCCAGGAUCCUGCAGAGGCUGACAAGUUGUUGAAAAUCCAGAGAGAGUUGGAUGAAACAAAAAUUAUCCUUCAUAAGACUAUUGAUAGUGUGCUUGCACGAGGGGAGAGGCUGGACAGUUUAGUUGAGAAGAGUUCUGAUCUGAGUGCAGCAUCACAGAUGUUCUACAAACAGGCAAAGAAAACCAAUCAGUGUUGUACUGUAUUGUAAGCUUUCAAGACCAACAGUAUCCAGUGAGCUCACUAGAAUCCUUUUCCGACAUGGAGGCUGUUGGAUAGGAGAAAUAGCUUCAUAUGUCUAUAUCACUCCAUUGUUUGUUUGGUGAAAUUAUGUGAUUUCCCCGAUAUAUGUAUUGCAGACGGGAAUUAAAUAUUGGCUAAAGAUCUUGCCGUGUUGACAAAUUAAAAUUCUCAUUUACCUUGUUUGUGAUUUUUACUGUGAUGAUUUAUAUAGUAUGCAUAAAUUAUUGUCUUGGUAAAGUCAUUCCUUGUUGAUCUGUAGUUGGAUGUUGUCAUGUGUCCACAUUCUAUCAUUGCCAUUGCAAUGGUGUUAU